AAGAUCCAAGUUCCAAGUUCCGCAUGUUAAUUGACAUGUUUUUGUUUUGAUGCUGGAUGUUUCAGGGAAAGGUUAUGUAUUGUUUAUGGAGGUAUGCAAGUGUCGGUGACAGACCCAGGCCGGCGUGAAGGCGUGAAGGCGUGAAGGCUUGAAGUGAGGGCAGCCCGCGCGCGGGAUGACGGAGAGCGGGGAGUGCGAGGGGUUGCUGGGGGGCGACGUCUCGGGGAGGGGCGACGGCUCCAGCACGGGCGAGGACUCCUGCAGCCGCUCCGAGGAGUGGUGGGACGGCACCGGCUCGGCCACGGGCUCCAGUUGCGACUCCUCCUACUGCUCCGAGUCCGACUCGUACGGCGGGUCAGAGGGAGAGUGGGAGGCAGAGGUCAACCAGAAUGGAGAGCUCUUCUACAUAAAGUCGAGUCCUGUCCUGCCGGCAGACCAGCCCGUGGUCGCUCCGAAGCCUGUGCCGGAAGUGGAAAACCUCACUAGAAGAAACAGACAUUCGACAAGAGGCAAGCUGGUCCACCUGAUCCGGAGACGCAACAGCAAGCGACAGCCCCCGAGGAGUGCGGAGGGGCCUCCUCGCGUCCCGCCGGCCACGCCCGGCCAGCCGGAGGGCGUCACGGGUCGCGCGGCCGGAAGCAACAAGGUCACCUUCCACGACUGGCAGGAAGGGGAGGUGCGGGAGGUGACGAUGAGCGUGGACCCCCGCGGCCGGCACAACCUGGGGCGGCGCGCCACGCUGUGCGAGACGCUGCUGGGGCUGGUGGUCAGCACGUUCGCCGACGGGACGCGCAUCAUGGUGGCCGGCUUCAUCCCCAAUGGCGAGGCCAUCCGCUACAAGAGCAUCAAGAUAGGUGACUGGCUGCGGUGCAUCGACGAGCAAGACGUCACCUUCCAGACCAUCGACGCCUUCCUGGCGAACAUCACCGCACCCUGCAAGGUGCACUUGAAGCUGCAGCGAGUGGCUGGCUGCGAGGUGACGGAGCCCUUGCAGACGCCUGGCAGUCUGGCCGCCGGGGGGCGACAGUCGGAGCUGGUGCGACGCCUGCUGGGCCAGGCGGGGGACGCUCCACCUCCGGGGGACGAGCCCGUGGGCGUGCUGUACGUCUCCCUGGACGAGGGAGGGCCGAGCGCCCAGGAGGAGCAGGGCGUGGCCUACUGCUACCCUCCGCCCGUCGCCGGCAGCCUGCUGGCUCGGUCGCGAGGCUGCUUCCUGACGCUGCAGCUCCUGCUGCCCGACGCCGUGCGCUCCGCGCCGGUCAGCUCGACGGUGCUGCUGCGCGACCAGCUGUACCACGUGGUGUACACGGCGCGCGGACGGGAGCUCAUGCUGUUCGCCGUGCCGGACGACAGGUGCCCACUGCGGGAGGCGGUGGACCUCUGUGCGGACGUGGUUCGCUUCCUGGAGUUCCGCUACCAGAGUCUGUCCAGGGCGUUCCAGUCGCGGGAGCGGCACGGGGAGCUGGACGCGUACUUCUGCCGGCUGUUCUCUCACGUGCUGGGCGCCCGGGAGUCGCGGAGCGGGGCGCGCUGGGAGGAGCUCUUGCCGGCGGCCCACUGGCUGCCUCUGCCCAAGGAGGCCCAGAUUCAGCUUGACGAGUGCCUGAGUGAACUAGAGUCCAACGACUUCGGUGAAAUGGCAGAUGGACUGGACGACUACCAGAGGAUGUACAUCGUGAUAGGAACCUGCAUGUACCACAAGGGCUACCUGCUGGGCUCGCACCUGGCGCGCACGGACCUCGCCGACGUGCACGCGCUGUGCCGGCAGCUGGGGCUGCUGCGCCUGGCACGCCACGAGCCGGUCAGCUCGCUGGUGCUGUGGCACGAGGUGUUCCCCUCGUCGUGCGGCCGGGGGCUGGUGGGGCCUCCUGCGCGGCUCCCCCUCGCCCCCUACCAGCCCCCGAGCGGCCGCUGGUUCCUGCUGCUCGUCGGCCAGGGCCAGGACUUGCUGGCCGUGCUGCUGGAGAGCGGAGGCUGCACGGCCAGGGCGGGGGAGCGGCCCGGCCCGGACGCCCUCUACGUGGAGCAGGCUCAGGACGUGUUGGCGUACCUGAUAGAGGUGGGCGUGUCCGCAGUCGCCGACAAGUGGCUGGCCGCGAACCCGCGACCCAGCGUGGUGUCCCCGGAGCUCGUGGCGGCGGGCAGGUCCUCGCAGCGCCUGGGGCCCGCCGAGGCACCGGGCUCCGCCAAGCUGUCUCCUGUCGCAGGCGGUGCGGGGUCCCCUGUGGGCAGGAAGUCCCCCAAGGUCACGUCCAUCCUGAAGCGGCGCGGCAGUCUGGACCACAGCUUCGCCUGCAGCGGGUCGGGGUUGUCUUUGCACGGCUCGACAUCCGAGGACUCGGCCAGCCAGACUGCGAGCGUGCUGAGCGACGAGGCGGCCCCCAUCCUGGGACGCCGCGCCGAGCGGGGCCGUGCGCCGGCCUCGGGCUCGCAGUCGUCGGGCGACUCUGACUCGGACUGGGAGGCGUACCAGAACGAGAACAGAGAUAAGGACAGCACUUUCGACAUCUCCGAUGUGAGGAAGUCACUGCUGUCGCAGGUAGACGACAUUCUGCCUACAAAGCUGACGGCAGGGAAGCAGAACGCGCUGUUCCACUACGUGCGGCUGGACCUUACGGAAGGGGUGCUGCUGUGCCCCCCUUCCCCGGGACACGCCCCCGCCCCCGCGCUCGCCGAGGUCCUGCACAACUUCCGCCGCAGCUGCCAGGCCAUCCACGCCCUGCUGCAGAACACCGUGCACUUCAAGAAGCUGCUGGCGCAGGACAUAGCGCAGUCGCGCAUCAACAAGUCGCUGGUGGCCGUCAAGGAGCACGGCGUGCUGUUCGAGUGCGCGCGUGGCGACGCAGAAGGCGCGGGCAAGCGCCAGCCGCUGCCGCUCGCCUACUGGGUGGUCGGCCGCCUGUUCUUCACGCCGUACCCGCGGGAGGUGUACGUGUGCUACCACGACGCCGCCCCACAGAACAUGGUGGAGAUCGCCUUCCGGCUGGCCCUCUGCACCGCCGGCUGACUGCAACACCCCGUCUCUUGUCCUCUCCAGCCUCGUGUUUCGUACACUGCUGUCUUUUUGCAAUUACAUUUUUUUUUAAAAAAAGUA